AUGCCUGGUGGGGGCGACCCCAGCAAGAAGAAGGAUGACAAGAAGAAAGAGAAGCCAAAGUAUGAGCCUCCUGUGGAAUCCAAGUUCGGCAAAAAGAGAAGAAAGGGACCGGAUACCGCUGUCAAAUUGCCUAGUGUCCAUCCAAGUACAAGGUGUAAAUUGAAGUUGUUGAAAUUGGAGAGAAUUAAGGAUCACUUGCUCUUGGAGGAGGAGUUCAUUGCCAACCAAGAAGCAUUCCAGCCAACUGAAGCUAAACAAGCAGAGGAAAGAGAGAAGGUUGAUGAAGUUAGAGGCUACCCAAUGUCUAUCGGUACUUUAGAAGAAAUCAUAGACGAUGAUCACGGCAUUGUGUCCACCACUGCCGGUUCUGAAUACUAUGUGGCUAUCAUGUCUUUUGUUGACAAAGGUCUCUUAGAGCCAGGUUGCUCUGUUCUUUUGCACCAUAAGACUGUCUCUAUUGUUGGUGUUUUGCAAGAUGACGCUGACCCAAUGGUUUCUGUCAUGAAAUUGGACAAGUCGCCCACCGAGUCGUACUCUGAUAUUGGUGGUUUGGAAUCGCAGAUUCAAGAAAUCAAAGAGGCUGUCGAAUUGCCAUUGACGCAUCCAGAAUUAUACGAAGAAAUGGGCAUUAAACCUCCAAAGGGUGUCAUUCUAUAUGGUGCUCCAGGUACUGGUAAGACGCUUUUGGCCAAGGCCGUUGCUAACCAGACGAGUGCUACUUUCUUGAGAAUUGUUGGUUCCGAGUUGAUUCAAAAAUACCUUGGUGACGGUCCAAGAUUGUGUAGACAGAUUUUCCAGAUCGCUGGUGAGCUUGCGCCAUCUAUUGUCUUCAUUGAUGAAAUCGACGCCAUUGGAUCCAAGAGAUACGAGUCUACGUCAGGUGGUGAAAGAGAAAUUCAAAGAACUAUGUUGGAGUUGUUGAACCAGUUAGAUGGUUUCGACGACAGAGGCGACAUCAAGGUCAUUAUGGCCACUAACAAAAUCGAAUCAUUGGACCCUGCAUUGAUCAGACCGGGAAGAAUCGACCGUAAGAUCUUAUUCGAAAACCCAGACUCCAAUACCAAGAAGAAGAUCUUGACUAUCCACACAUCCAAGAUGAACUUGUCCUCCGAUGUCAAUCUAGACGAAUUGGUCACCUCGAAGGAUGAGUUGUCUGGUGCCGACAUCAAGGCUAUGUGUACGGAAGCAGGUUUGUUGGCAUUGAGAGAAAGAAGAAUGCAAGUCAAGGCCGAAGAUUUCAAGACUGCUAAGGAGAGAGUUCUCAAAAACAAGGUGGAAGAAAACCUCGAAGGCUUGUACUUGUAA